AUGCGCGUCUAUGAGCCUCAUAUACUCCCCAUAUUUGGUGUCAAUCCCGACAAACCACGACAAAAAGCCCCACCCCCACCUCCCACACAACAUCCCCACUCCGUCCUUCCCCGAUCCAAAUCCCCCACGUGCCGUCCACCUUCUGCCGCGCCACCGCCACCCCGCCUCCGUCCACCUUCUGUCGCGCCAUCGCCGUCUCGCCCUGACCCCGUCCACCUUCUGCCGCGCCGCCGCCGUCUCGCCCCGCCCCCGUCCACCUUCUGCCAUCCCGCGCCACGCACCACGGCCCCCGCCGCCGCCGGUCACCGUCAGGCGCAACCAAACCCAUCCUCUCCACCUCCUAGGAGCUCCCAUGGCCACCCCUUCCCCCUCCAGAGCUCACAUCGCGAGUUGGAUCCAGCGGCCACCACCCCUCAUCUCCCCGUCUGGGCUUCCCUCCACCUCCCACCGCCACCAAAGCGCCAGCCGAUGAUGGAUCUGCUGCCCGACCAUGGAUCCAAGCCGGCAACCGCCCCCUACGCGCCUCCUGGCCAUGGAUCUGUGCUGGCUACCUGCCCGAUCCCGCGACUCCGGUGGCUGCUCAUCCAAAUCGCCAGGGACACCCCCCCUCCUCACGGCUGGCAUACCGAUUCCCGCAUGUGUGCUGCAACGAGGCGGCAUGUGUGCUGCAACGAGGCGGCCGGCGAGCUGCCUCCUCCCGGCCGUGGUCAUGCUCCAUGUUUGGGCCCCUGUCUUCAUGCAGAAUUGAUUUGGGCACAGCGCUGUAGUUCGCUUGGGGUGUCAGUGAUGUGCAGUUCGUCGUCGUGGGCGCGGCGUGGAGCGGGAGCCUAAAAAGCCAUGGCCACCCCUCCUCCCCUCCCACCCCAUCCCCCUACCCCAUCUCACCCACCACCAUGAUGUGCAGGCACCAGGAGGCCACCUACGUUCCUCUCUCGAUCUUCUCUGCAGCUGAGCACAAAAAGCGCCUCCCAGUGAGCACCGGCUCCGGCCUUGGGAUAUCAACCCUCCCUCUAUCAUGAAUCCUCGGUGGGGCAGCAUGGUGAUGCAGUUCGGCAUACACGCACGUGCAGCACGGUUGUGGCGGCGAGGCAGCUCGUGUAGUUCCUUCAGCUAGUAGAGCGUCGGCCUUAGUUUAGAUUUUUUUUCAGGUUUUGCUAAUGCAGUGCGGUGUGAAAUUCAACUGCGUGUAUGCGAGCGUCAACGAGCCUCCAGAAGUAGUUCUUUGCUCAA